GCCGGCCCCUUCCGACUACGUAAGCCCGGCAAGAUGGCAGCGCCCAGGUCGUUCCUGUGCCUGCUGGCCCCAAUAUAUAAUGGAGGUACUAGGGGCAUCCAUGGUCUGAGUGGGGCAGUGCCUCCGGAGGGCAGUCAGAGGGAGAGAAGGACACUACUCCAGUUCCUGACUGACCAUUUCUACGAUGUGGAGGCUCUGAGACAGUACUUGCUCCAGAGGAAGAUAGCGAAGGUGCACAAGGAAAAUCGAUCCCUCGCCCACAUCCAGGAGAAAUAUGGCCCGUACAUCGCGGGAGCCUUCUUUGUCCUGAAGCAGGGAGGUGCAGUCAAGUUUCAGGACCAUGAGUGGAUCAGGUCGGAUAAGCGUGGCCAUUUCUUCCUUGAGUUCUUGAAGCUACAGACAGUGCCUGUGCAGGCUGUGGACGCCAGUGGCUGUGCCAUCAACUACGACGGMCUGGACAACCUCUUGCCCCUGAAGGAGCUCCAGUCCCUGUCGCUGCAGYGCUGCCCCAAUGUGGACGACUGGUGUCUCAGCCGCCUCUACCUCCUGGCCGGUUCACUGCAGGAGCUCUCACUAUCAGGGUGUCCCCACAUCUCUGAACGGGGCCUCGCCUGCCUCCACCACCUCCAGAACCUUCGCAGGCUGGACAUCUCAAACCUCCCAGCUGUGUCCUACCCAGGCCUCACUCGGAUCCUGGUGGAGGAGAUGCUGCCCAACUGUGAGGUCCUGGGGAUGGAUGAGGACCAGGCGCUGUAGCUGAGGCUGGAGGAGCAGCCUCAGGACUCGGCCAGUCCCAACCCUGCCUGACCCCAGCCCACUCUGCUCUCCCGUGGAUGGCAGCAGGCUGGUGGAAUGUGUGAUGGCGCCCACACUCUUGACUUGCAAUGGGGAUCCCGCAGCAGGGAAGAGGGCCUGGCAGGUCCGAGGGCGUGAGGUCAGGUGUUUAUUCCCAGCUGCCUUUGGCUGGCAGUCAGGGUUCUUGUCACCCUGUCAGGCACUCAUUUCCACACACUGCUCCUUCCCCUGCCUCUAGGGCCUGGUGAGAUAAAGGCUCCCAAUCAGUAGGACAGGGAGAUGUCCUCGCCCCAUGCAUGGCUCAGUCUUGUCAAGAGGCCUCUCCCAAGCUGUCCCACAUUUGAGUAUGUGGCCGUCUCUUGCAGGGACCCUGACAUGGGGUGCUGCAAGCACUUGACAGCAGUGGCUCUCCCCAGUGCAGGGCUGGUCAGCUUACAGCAGCAUGUCCAGCAUCCCUGGCCCACACUUACUGAAGGCCAGUAGUACCACCUGAACUCCCAGUGUUGCCAGUAAUUGAUUUAUUGAUUUUGAGCUCCAAAUUCAACUUUUCUGCCUGCUCUGUGAAAGUGAAGCUGAGCUUUUAAAAUAUUUCCUUUGCCAACUGGCAGGACAGACUUCCCGCCAGAGGGUGCUGGAGGAACACUCCAGGAGGAGAGGCCCGUGCUCUGCUGUACCUACAGCUUACCUGCUCCAGGUCUUGGUCUUGCCGUGCUGGUGGCUUCCUCCCACACUCAGCUCCUGGAGAGCCAUGUGGUCCACAGCCUCCUCUGGUGCCCGCCCCCUCCACCAGUGGUCUCACAGGGGCCUCUGUUGAUGCUUCUCUGUGAAUAACUCCCCAGCACUCCGGAUGGGCUUCUGGUCAAUUCGGAGGCAGUUUACCAAUGAAUUCCUUGUGAUCCCAAUUCACUGCUGAGAUCAAUAAUUCUUUAUAUUAAACUUUGCCUGUUGAAAUUA